UGGCGUCCGAACCCAAAAAUUUCACCCAAAAUUUUGACUCUCCCAUUGGCGCUAAAAUUUCCCUCUACUCGAAGAAGUCGUGAAAUCUGGAAGAAAACCGCCCAUUCUUCAAUCUCUAUCCCCAUCUCAUUCUGUUUGAAGCUUUCUCUCACACUCAAUUUACUGCUGCAGGAAACCAGGUGAUGGCCCCAACAACUCGUAAUACUAGACGAGCCCUUUUAGAGUCAGAUUCCAAUCAGUCACAGGAAGUAAAUAUGAAUGCUGCGGCCAUUGUUCAACCCCUUAAUGAACCAGGAGAAAUUGCAGGUAGCAGGAAAAAAGCCAAGAGAGCACGAGGUCCCACUUUUAUGUGUAAAGUUUGGGGCCAGCACGACAAUGAGCGCGUACAAGUUUUAUUCAACGACAAAGGUCAACCGAUUUCCAAUAAUAGCAUUUUGAGCCACUUCUUAGGAACUAUAGCAAGAAAUGGGAAAUAUGCACCUCUCCAAUAUAAGACUUGGCAUAAGAUGCCUAAAGUGUUCAAGGAAGAUAUGUUUGCAUUGGUACUGCAAAAGUUUGAUUUCUCUCCUGGUCACAAGAGAUGGAUCUUGAAAUCACUUUCGAAAAAGUGGAGGAACUGGAAGGCUACAGUGAAGAGAGACCACUACGAUUCUGACCUACCCAUUGAGGAGCAAAUACAUAGUUCUCCGGAUCGAGUGCAAGCAGACCAAUGGAAAGAACUUGUUAAGUAUUGGCAUGAAGAUGCGAAGAAAUUUUAUACAAAAAACAAGUCUAGUCGAGCAGGGCAAAAUAUCAUUUAUAAGAAGGGCAAAACUCCUUUAGCCAUUGUGAGAGAGACUGAGGCAAAAAACCUCGGCCAUGAUCCAUCACGUGCACAUAUGUUCCUUACUUGCUUCACAAAUGAUGGCAAGGUCUCAAAUGAGGAAUUGAGGGAAAAAAUAGAAAAAAUGAAAGAGCUAUCCGAACAAGUUCCUGAGGGUGAACUUGAUUCUUCUGGUCCAAAUGAUGUGUUCUCCAAAGCUAUGGGCAAAGAGAAAUCUGGAAGUGUGCGCAUGUAUGGGCUAGGGGUUUGCCCAUCUGAUGUUUGGGGUGAUGUGCCUAGCAGUGGCACAUCUUAUAGGAUGUCAAUGGAGUGGAAGACAGAGCUAGAUAAAACAAACCAAAAAUUGGAAGAGCUAACGAAUUUAUAUUUGCAGAGUCAAGCAAAUGGGGCUAACUCCUCAAACACUCGAGUCACAUCUCCAAACAUUCCAGUUUCAUCUCCAAACCAACAUAUUGGUUUAUCAACAUCUACUACCCAACGAGGACGUGUUAAGGUGGGGGAUUGUGUUUAUUUCAAGAGUGUAGCCAACCCCAUAGAAGUUGUAGGCAAAGGGCGGAUCGCUAGUAUGGAUCCAUCUACGGAGGUAGGCGGAGUAGAACUCGGAGUUAAUUGGUGUGAGAUUCAUGUUCAAAUCCCAAUCAUAUGGGGCGAGCAUUUGAUGAGGCCUUAUGCAGUCCUUAAGACCGUUGGCGAUGCCAUUGGUACGCCAAUAGCAUGGCCUAUUUCUUUGGUAGUGAGAGAUGAUGAUGAUGGCUUUAUUGAAUGAAUGAGAUCAGUUGGAAGAUGCCUAGUAGAUAGGGUUAUGUCACAAGAAUACUGGUCUUAUGGGUUUUGUUUGUUUUGUUACUACUGGUGGUUCUUUUAAGGGUAGGCAUUUUAUGCUUUGAUCUAGAGUUUGGUAAGUUAGGUUUUUGCUGGAAACUUUAGUAAGUUUUUUAGAAGUGAAGUUUGUUUUUUGUUGAAAACAUUAGAGUUCUGCUAAAAUAGUUUCUAUUCAAUGUUCUGUGUUUUGUUUUUGGAUCCUUGUGAGGUUUGUUUACUA